GAGAGAGUACGUACCAUGUUGUUUCACCGCUGCCGCCACGCACAGCGACUGCCCAUGAAGGAACGUUGCGGCCCCUUCACUCGGCUUUUGUGACGGGUGGAGUGGAGGCUCGCCGCAGCAGCCCUUGCUCAACCACGGCGACGAGCCGAGGGGCACCACAAUACGAUCUGUUUUUGUUUCGCGUCAGGGCUGAACUUCAGGCACCUCGGGCCCCCGCCCCCUGCACUUCAGGGAGGGGCCAUAGAGCAGUGCUGAAGGUGCAGCGAUCCCUACUCGAUAACUGCAGCAUGCGGGCGGGCAGAUGGCGGACUCUGCAGAACUGCCCGCCAGUAGUGGCGCCUCCCGCUCGGUUCCUGCAACGGGCGAAGGGGCGCUGCUCCCACCGAGCCGCGCGGCAGGCGACCCCCCGCUUCGUUCACGAGACGGGCGGUCGGGCACCAGAUGUCUGUGUUGCUGCCACCCGGCGCAGUGGCCUCCCGCUUGGUUUCCGCGACGGGCGGCGAGGCGCGCCGCCGCGGCCCAGGCGGGGCUCCCUGCGGCAGGCAGGCAGCGGCGCUGCUGAGAGGCUGCGGUCGCCCUCCGCCCGGCCUCUGCGACGGGCGGAGCGGCACAGGGACCAGGAGCCGCUGCCGACGCAGGCGCGGCAGGCCCCCCGCUUGGUUCCCGCGACGGGCGGGGGGCCACAAUUUUCAGUCUUCGCCGCUGCCGCGCAGGGCGCGGCGGGUUGGUUCCUGCGACGGGCGGAGGGGCGCCAUCCCCAAGGUGCCGCGUGGCAGGCGCUGCAGCCCCCCACGCUUGGUUCACAAGACGGGCGGUCGGGCGCUACAGCACACGUUUCACAGGGCGCAGCCGGCCCACCCGCUUGGUUUCCGCGACGGGCGGGCGGGCAUCCUCCCGGCUGCGCUGGAGGCGGCAGCAUGCUCCGCCUGGUGUCUGCGACGGGCGGAGGGGCGUGUCAUCUGAUGGACCAGGGCCACCCUUGGAAGGGCGCCCCCGUGCUCGCUCAGCCCCGCUACCAGAGGGCGCUGGCUGCGCACCGACACCGAUCCCCUUGCGCCGAUCCUGGUCCCGGGAUGGGCCUGGGGCCCCCGGGCGGCUGGGGGGGGGCCUUGGGC